AUGGAGAUAAUGGACCCUGGAAAUCACUCUACAGUGACUGACUUCAUCCUUGCUGGGCUAACAGAGAAACCAGAACUCCAGCUGCCCCUUUUCUUCCUCUUCCUAGGAAUCUAUGUGGUCACGGUGGUGGGGAACUUGGGCAUGAUCAUGCUGAUAUGGCUCAGUGCCCACUUGCACACCCCCAUGUACUACUUCCUCAGUAGCUUGUCUUUCAUUGAUCUCUGCCAUUCCACUGUCAUUACCCCCAAAAUGUUGGUGAACUUUGUGACAGAAGUGAAUGUCAUCUCCUACCCUGAAUGCAUGACUCAGCUCUAUUUCUUCCUUGUUUUUGCUAUUGCAGAGUGUCACAUGCUGGCUGUAAUGGCUUAUGACCGCUAUGCUGCCAUCUGUAAUCCCCUGCUUUACAAUGUCAUCAUGUCUUCCCACUUCUGCUUCUGGCUCACAGUAGGAGUUUAUAGUUUGGGCAUCAUUGGAUCUACAAUCCACACGGGCUUCAUGAUGAGACUCCUUUUCUGCAAGAGCAAUGUGGUUAACCAUUAUUUCUGUGAUCUCUUCCCACUCUUGAAGCUGUCCUGUUCCAACAUCUACGUCAAUGAAUUACUGGUCCUAGUCUUGAGUGCAUUUAACAUCUUGACUCCUGCCUUAACAAUCCUUGCCUCCUACGUCUUCAUCCUCUCCAGCAUCCUCCGCAUCCGCUCCACUGAGGGCAGGUCCAAAGCCUUCAGCACCUGCAGCUCGCACAUCACAGCUGUGGCUGUUUUCUAUGGAUCUGCUGCCUUCAUGUACCUGCAGCCAUCAUCUGUGGGAUCCAUGGACCAAGGGAAAGUGUCCUCCGUGUUUUAUACCACCAUUGUGCCCAUGCUGAACCCCCUGAUCUAUAGCCUGCGGAAUAAGGAUGUCAAAUUUGCCCUGAAGAAAAUUCUGGAGAGUAGAAAGUGUUCAGGAAUAGAAUCAAUAUCAUGA